UCAGUGUAUGCAGAUUGCUAAUCACAUAGUAUCGAAUUGAUACUUGGUUUUGGGGUUCUGAAGUUUCCACAUUGUCUCAGCCUCUCUUGACAGUAUUGGUUGUGAAAGCACCCAAGAAGAGAAGAAAAGAAAAUGACAUUUCUCAUAGCUCUUGCUUCUUCUUGGUCAGGUGUUUUGGCCUUAUAUACUCUUCUUGCCAUCUUUCAACCAGCUAUUAUUGAAGCCCAAUCCCUUUCUCCUGCACCUGCACCUGCUCCCACCAGAGAUGGUACUUCAAUAGACCAAGGAAUUGCCUACGUGCUUAUGCUUGUGGCAUUGGUUCUCACAUACCUCAUCCACCCUCUUAAUACCUCUUUCUACAAUUUGUGAAUUAUCCGUUUCCCUACUCUCUUGUAUUUUUACCCUCAUAGAAAGUGAACAUAGUAGGGAUCGAUGUUUUUUAAUUUCCCAUGCUCUUAGGCUGAAUUGUUGAUGCUGGGGUUGUUAUCAAUGUGUUUGAUGCG